CGGAAUUCACGAGACUUCAUAGCGCGAGAUUUAAGGUCAAAGGGUACAUCAACAUGGCAACAAUGUAUCAACAGUACGCUUGGCGUUUCUAAGGCAGUCAAUCUUGCCAUUGCAGGGCAGAAUAUAGCCAUUGUUUCUUUGAAAGACGAGUUGGCCUGUGUAAGUCACUGCACAGUCUGUACAGAAAACCAGCCUACAGUUAAAUCAUCAUGGCUGUUGCCAGUUGCACUUGGGUCAAGAAGGCCAUCCAUGGAACACCCCCUUCCCCCAGGAACAGCCAUGCCAUGACCAUGGUGGGCAGCAUUGGCUUCCUGUUUGGUGGCAGCACCUGUAUUGGAGGGGGUUCCACCUCUGUCUUCAGUGAUGAUGAAGAGUCGGCAUCAUUCUACAAUGACCUCUACAUGCUACAAGUUGGUCCCAGUCAGCUGGUAUGGGAGAAGGUACCACAAGGUGGAGACAUUCCCUCUAAGAGAGAUGGAGCUUCUCUAUGCUCUGUUGGCUCCACCCUGUAUCUGUUUGGAGGGAAGAGUGAGUUAGUGGCUGACGAGUCCCUGUCAGGCCUGUACACCUUUGACACAGGUACACUAUGCUGGGAGCGCUGCUCCACUCAGGGUCCCCAGCCCCGCACCUUACACCAUAGCCAGGCUGUGGUGGGGAGGAACAUCUACGUCUUUGGUGGGAUCUACAAGGGCAAUGCUACAAACACCAUGUACAUGCUCAAUACUGCAACCCUGACCUGGACGCCCCUGCGAACGUCUGGAGGGAAACCUUCCCCAAGAUGUGACCACUCCAGCUGUGCUGUAGGAGACAAGAUCUAUGUGUUUGGAGGCUGUGCAGGGGACAACGUGUGGCUCAAUGACCUGCAUAUCUUUGAUACAGCCACCCUGACAUGGACCUCCCCCAUGGUGAAAGGCGACGCACCCCCGGCUCGUGGCUGUCACACGUUUGUCUCACACCAUGAUAAGGACAUCUAUGUGUUUGGUGGAUCCAAUGACUCCAACAUUGAAAACAUGUCGUUUAACGACCUUUACAAACUCAGCCUAGGAAGGUUGAAGUGGAAACACCCCCUGUACAGUGGCAUUCCUCCUGAGCGGAGAUACAGUCACACAACCUUCAUCCUCCACAGUCAUAUGUACGUGAUUGGUGGGAUUAACGAGCAGCGGGAGUUUAACGAUGUCCACAUCCUGAAACUCAUCAACCCAUCAGACAGGCAGCCAGUGAUGAAGUCAGUUCUGGAGGAUUUCGGAGUUCACAAUGAAAACGUCGGCUACACCCCCACGCGGACGCCCCAGCCUCGAUACGAGCUGUCGGACCCUCCUGCUGUCACCUCUCCUCGCUCCAGGCUGCCGCACAGUCUGCCCAGCCAUGAAACUCCAGACUUUGGUGAGGCAAGAGCAUCGGCCAUCAAACUUAUACAGGAUGCCUUCAGCAUUCUAGAGGACAAGUUCAAGCAGCUGGAAGUGGAGAGAGCGGCCCUGAGCACAGCCCGUCAGGCAUUUGCCAAGGAGAAGGAGGAGUACAAGACAACCUACAGCCGCCAGCAAAAGGAGCUUCGCGACAUGCUGGAAAACCACAAGUCUCAGAACGAGGAGUGGCUCCGCCAGAGGAAGCAGGAAAACGAUGCAGACAGGAAAACCAUCGCUAAAGAGAAGGCCCAGCUGGCGGAGGAACGGGCACGGAUCCUGGCUGAACAGGACAGCCUGUCGGACAAGUCCAGGAAGCUGGUGUCAGUGAUGCAGCAGUUCAAAGCUGUGUGAAUCAGCUGGAAUAUUGCCGCAACUUUUAUUGUCAUAAAAACUCUGUCUCUGAUGAUGUAGAACCUCAUCGUAGAGAGUUGUUAAACUAUUUAUUUUUCUUGCACUAUACGUUAUCAUUCAGAUGCACUGAAUUACUUUUAGCUAAGUGUCAUAGCAUUAGUCAUUUUCUCAUGUUAGAAAAUUUUUUUUAGAACUUCCACAGGCUGGUCUGCAGGUUGGUACUUACCAUUUUUGCAAAGAUUUAAGAGAUUGGACAGCCGGAAAAAGUAUCCCUGGAAGUUUUGUGUGGAAACUGUGAUGUUCCAGUAAAUCAGAAUACUGAUAUUCCAAACAUACUGAAUGUUGCAUAAUAUAUAAGAUUACCUUGUUUUUAAAACUGCCAGUAAAGUGCCCAGCUACAUGUAUAGAGCUAUUUUCUUUGACAAUCCCAAAGAUAAAACUAAAAAGUUAAAAAUACAUAUCGUAAUAUUGAAAAUUUAUAGAUAUUGAAUGUAUUCAAAGGGAAGCUAUUGACUUGUUAGAAAUUGCUGUGAGUAGCUCCAGUAAUGCAAACAUGUUUGAUAUAGAAGUGUGAGUAAGGCUGUGUGGCUUCUCUAAUUGUGUGUAUGUGUGUUUGUACCAGUAGUAUACAGUACGUGUAGGUAUCAUACUGAUGGAAAACUUUUACACAAAAAUGUUGCAAGUUAGGAAUAAAACGUGGUCCAAAUUAUAGCUUCCAACAAUGCAAUAGAGUGUGAUGUACUACAAUGUGUUGAAAAAUUCUCUUGACAAUGUGCCUCUGUGGUUCUAGCAAGUCAUUCCUUUGGUGUAUGUUGGAGUCCAUUGAAAUCCAAUGGCAUUAACAAAUAGAUGCUUAAGUGUUUGGUAUAUUUUAUGACAGAGCUUGUGAAUGGAGGGGACUUUUUAUUUUUGUAUGUCAAAGUACCAUUCCUAACUUAUGUAUUGACUGGUCUAUUGUAGGCUUGCAAACAGGUUGGCCGGAGUAAUAACAUCGAUGAUGUCAUAUGCAUUUAUGGCUCAACUUGGUUAACAUUGGUUUUAGAACACACGUACUACUUCAGUUGCAUUCAUAUUAUAUAUCUGUGUACAUUAAGACCACUUUAGGGUGUCCAGGCAUUGCUGUGAACUUCUUUCCUGUGUGCUGUGAUAUCCUGAAUAAAAUGUAUUCUUUUAUGAAA